AUGGCCAACUGCUUGGGUGUCAAGAAGCAGCGAGCAAAUGUUCCUAUUACUGGCAUCUUCGAGUUGCGAAGCCACGCUCUCGACAAGGUAUUGGUAAAGAUCCUAUCCAAAGUGACUAAAUUCUACUUCAGUCUCGAGUGUCUGACUCUGGUCACACCAAAGGUGACUGGAAAAAUCCCAAUCAGCAAAAUAUACGUCAAUGGAUGGCGUAUUCCAGAAGGAAUAGUGCUAGCCGAUCCAGCGUUCCACACACCGGGUAAGGUGGACAUGCUAUUCGGUAGAGAAUUGUUUUUCGACAUCCUGAAGCCAACACAUCUAAGCCUGUCCGACAAGUUACCGCAGCUGCGAGAAACUCAGCUGGGAUGGAUCAUAGCAGGUGUCAUCAAGGAGCCAUACGUUUUCAACAUGCCGAUACAGUACUCCAAUGUGGCAUCCAUAGAAAAGGUUGAAUCCGAAAUGCAACGUUUCUGGCAAAUCGAGGAGCUGCCAAAUAUUCCCAAACUAUCCAGGGAAGAAGUAGCCUGUGAAUCCCACUUCCUCUCAACCUACAAUUUACAAUUUGUAGGCUACAAACGUAAUUCGACUGGCAGAUUCGUAGUGCAACAGCCGUUUAAACCAACCGUCACUCAACUGGAAGACUGCCGAGGUUUCUGA